AUGGCAGACACAAAAUCCUCUUCGACAGUAACGACUCAAACAAAUCCCCGCGGUAUCCCCGUCGCCCCCUUCGUCGACAAUGUAAAUGACUACGUCUCGUCCCGCGCGGACGUGGAGGCCACUCUCCGCUCGUUCCAAGAAAUGAUCUCGAAAUACCAAUUCAUGGAAGUGAACACACAACGACGAGCUGCCGGCCUUCGCGAGAAGAUCCCCGAUAUCAAGAAAACGCUGGAUAUGGUCAGAUUUCUCAAGUUGAGACGAGAGGCCAACUCUGCUCCCCUGGAAACCAACUUUGAGUUGAACGAUACCCUCUACGCGCGGGCUACAAUUACCCCCGAGGACACCGAGGAGGUGUACCUCUGGCUCGGAGCGAACGUUAUGUUAUCGUAUCCAAUUGCUGAGGCGGAUACUAUGCUACAAGAUAAACUGUCUGCUGCUGAGACGAGCCUAUCGCAUUGUGACGAGGACUUGGAAUUUUUGAGGGAGCAAAUUACGACGUUAGAAGUGGCUACGGCUCGUGUCUAUAAUUGGGAUGUCGUGCAGCGACGAAAAGAGAAAGCAGAAGGGAAAGGUGGUGAUGAUGAGGAUGACAAGGCCCGCCCUGGAGGUUAA